CUUUAUGACAGAGGGAGCAGAGCAUAGGCAUAGGUAAUAGAGAUGUCGGUUGACAGAUGGUUGACAGUUAAGUAGUUGCGUUUUUCUGGGAACGUAUUUUUUCUCAUUUGAAGAAUGUUAUCAAAAUAGAUAACGAUAAUGCUUCUUUUCAAUACUGUUGUAAGCAUAUAGUGUAGACGUGAUAUUAGAAAACACAUAGAAAGUUUCUAAUAGAUAUGGCAUUACCAUGAGUCAAAUCACACUGGCGACUAUUUUGUUUUGAUUGUUUCGCUUUUUAGGGAUAUUAUUUUGAGUGUUAUGUAACGAAAAUAAUUUGUUUGAAGUGUUAGUGUUCUGUUGUAAAGAUGAGGACGGUGGCUUUGAUCAGCGGUGGCAAGGACAGCUGCUACAACAUGAUGCAGUGCAUCGGCGCCGGGCACGAAAUUGUGGCCCUGGCCAACCUCCAACCUGUUCAGAAAGAUGAAUUGGAUAGUUACAUGUACCAAACUGUUGGGCACCAAGGGAUUGAUUUGUAUGCUGAAGCAAUGGGGCUUCCUCUAUACCGAGAAGUAAUCACAGGUAUUGCUAUGGACCAAAGUCGGAACUAUAAUCCAAGUGAUAAUGAUGAGGUUGAAGAUCUGUACCGACUACUUGUUAGGAUAAAGGAUGAGAUGGAUGUAGAAGCCGUGGCUGUGGGAGCUAUAUUAUCUGAUUACCAAAGAAUAAGAGUUGAAAGUGUCUGUCGUAGGCUAGGUCUUGUUUCUCUAGCAUAUCUUUGGAGGAGAAAUCAAAAAGAAUUACUUCAAGAAAUGAUAAAUAGUUGUGUUGAAGCUAUCGUUAUAAAGGUGGCAGCAUUAGGACUGGACCCACGAAUACAUCUGGGGCUAUCGCUGCGAGAAAUACAGCCUCACCUUCUAGUCAUGCAGGAGAAAUACGGCCUCAAUGUGUGCGGAGAGGGUGGAGAAUAUGAAACCUUCACGCUAGACUGCCCACUCUUCAGGAAGCGUUUAGUUAUCGAUGAUAAAGAAUUAGUAAUACACUCGGACGAUCCAGUCGCCCCAGUUGGCUAUUUGAAUCUUAAACUCCACCUGGAACCAAAGCCAACGUCCGACACAAACAAACUACCUCCAACCAUCAAAAGUGCCCUUGACUUCGUAGGCGAUCUUAGCGACACCGUGUUUAGUGACAUAAGCGACAUCGAGCUGAGCGAGACCGAGUUAGAGUCUAUUGAGAUGUUAGAAAAGGAAGAGAAGAAGAAACAAGAAAUGAACCCUUUGCUCACUUACAAUGAAAAGUCUGAAGUGUCCACUAGUCUAGAUGUUAUAGAUUGUCAAAAUGACAGCACAGAAAGCGUUGAGGAUGGAUAUGAUUAUGAGGAAGCGCACAGUCAAUUUGAGAAGCAGCCUAUUGCCGACCAUAGAUCUAUAUAUGGGAAUAGACACGGGUGGUAUUUUAUAGGAGGCAUAGUCGGCGAAGGCGUCGAUACGGGGUUAGCAACAGAAGAUGCAAUGAAAAAACUCAUUACUCUUUUGGAGUCCGUCGAUAUGACUCUACCGGACGUGUGCUCUGUUAACAUAUAUAUGCGUGAUAUGGAGGAUUAUACUGCCUUGAAUGAUGUAUAUUUGAAGAAUUUUUACUUCGAAAACCCGCCCACAAGAGUCUGCGUGCAAUGUCCUUUGCCGGACGACGUGGGACUUAUUUUAGACGCUGUAGCACAUAAAAUGCUCCCCGACGUACAAGAUAGUGAUGGACAUCCAAAGGAGCGGGUCACGAUGCACGUACAGGGUAUCUCACACUGGGCACCGGCCAAUAUUGGACCUUAUAGUCAAGCUAUUAAGGUGGGCGAGGUGAUAGGCACGUGUGGGCAGAUAGCGCUAGUGCCGGGGUCCAUGCGGCUAGUGGCGGGCGGCCCGCGGCGGCAGUGCGCGCUCGCGCUGCGGCACCUCACGCGGGUGCUGCGCGCCGUGCACCCGCGCGCGCACAUACGCAGCGUGGUGCAGAGCGUGUGCUACGUGAGCGGGCGGGCGGGGCGCGCGGUGGGGGAGGCGCGGCGGCAGCUGGAGCGGCGCACGGCGGGCGCCAUCGUGCAGUGCGCGGUGGUGCGGGGGCUGCCGCGCCAGGCCGCGCUCGAGUGGCACGCGUGGGCGCACACGGACAACAACAGAUUCGACUAUGAAGAAACGGGAUGCAGUAUAGGAGAGUACAAAGUAGCUAUCACCAGAAGGUGGAACUACGAAAACACAGUUUCUGCAUUCGUAUGCUAUGUUGCUACUGGUUCAUCGCCGUCUACGUGUCAGCUAUCGUUCCCCCAACGAGGAGGCUUGCCACUCGCAUCGAGACUUGGCCACGCAGAUGUCGCAGGAAGAUCUCGCCGCAGUCUUGGAGUACGCGCUAAGGAAAUUGCUCAAGGAUAAUGAUACUGGGAUUGACCCUCAGGCCCGCCCUGUCGCCGUCAAGAUGAGGAUCUUCUACCAAGGUAAGGAAUAAUAUAAUUUAAUAAUUGACAUAGAUUAGACGAGUGGUCACAACUGGUGAACUGCGGAAG